AUGCGCUUUACAUCCAUCAUUACAGUUGCCCUUUCCUUUGCUGGUCUAGUCAAGGCACUUCCUAUUGAAUCUCGCGGCGUGUCAUCUCUCAAUGGUGUCACCUACACUGCUCGUAACUCGGACGGCUCAUGUCAAUCUGCAUCAGAAAUUGUCUCUUCGGUCAAGUUGAUGAAAUCAAGUGGUGUCAGCAAGAUCCGUACAUAUGCUCAAGAGUGUGAGUCUCUUCCUAAUAUCUUGAGCGCUAUCAAACAAGUUGGUGGUAUGACUGUCUUGCCUGGUGUCUGGAUCGAUGGUACCUCCAAUGACGAUGCUGAAAUUGCAAGACUCCAAAAGGUAUUGAACUCUGCUGAUAACAUUAAUUCUAUCACUGGUAUCCUUGUGGGUAACGAAGUCGUCUUCAACAACAUCAUGUCCUCUGGUCAAUUGGUUGGAAAGAUCAAUCAAGUCAAGAAGAUCGCCAAGGGUAUCCAGGUUGGUACUGCUGAGGUGGAUUCUACAUAUACCAGUGAUUUGAUGGCUGCCUCUGAUUUUGCUGGUGUCAACAUCCAUCCCUUUUUCGCCUCUGCUACCAUUAAAGAUGCUUUCAGCAAUUUAAAUCAAAGAUACAACACAUUCAAGAAGUCUGCUAGCGGUAAACAAGUCUACAUUACUGAAACUGGCUGGCCUAGCUCUGGUGCUGCCUCUGGCGCUGCUCAACCCUCUCUUGCCAACACCGAAGCAUUUGUUACCUCAUUAUCUGCAUCUUCUCUCCCUUACUAUUACUUUGAAUGGGAGGACUCCAACUGGAAGGGCGCUGGCGUUGAGUCUCAUUUUGGUCUCUUGAACGGUCAAGGCAAAGCCAAAUUUGCCAUCUAG